UCUACUAUCUGUUGCUCUCCCUCUCCAGCUAUCUAACUUUCUUCCUGUCCAUCUCUCUCUAUCUCUUUGGAUCUCAAUGGGAUGGUGCAGGCUAUAGCUGUCGCUCUCUCCCUCUCUGAUUCUCUUCAUCCCUUCAUCCUAAGGCUCUGGCUCCUCCGGCCGGUGCCCCGUCAUUUUCCCGUGGGCGGCAGCGAGAUAUGAAGCGUCGUCAUGGGUUUCAUGGAAUUCUACUUGGAGAUUGACCCCGUGACCCUGAACCUCAUCAUCCUGGUGGCCAGCUACGCCAUCCUCCUCCUUGUCUUCCUCAUCUCCUGCAUCCUGUACGACUGCCAGGGGAAGGACCCCACCAAGGAGUACGCCCCCGCGCCCCCCGCACCCCCCAGCCAGUCGCCCAUACGCCUUGUGGUCAUGCAAAACUCUCCUGCCUCGUCUCGCUAUGAGCAGCAGAACCAGAACAACAUGGCUGCUCCAGAACCCAGCAGAAAGCCAGAACCCAGCAGGAACCCAGAACCCAACAGGAAGCCAGAACCCAGCAGGAACUUGGAACCUAGCAGGAACCCAGAACCCAACAGGAAGCCAGAACCCAGCAGGAACUUGGAACCUAGCAGGAACCCAGAACCCAGCAGGAAGCCAGAACCCAGCAGGAACCCAGAACCGAGCAGGAACCCAGAACUCAGCAGGAACCACUACGAGCACAGCAGGAACCACUACGAGCACAGCAGGAACCACUACGAGCCGCCGGCGCUGACGCCCACCCCCGACCUGGGGAGGGAGAAGAGGAGCACCCUGGUCUGAUAAGGAGAGAGGGAGGAGGUGGGGGAGUCCAUGACUUAAGAGAAGAGAGAUGCUAAGUUCUGGAUUUGACACUGUGGAGGAGAGAUGGAGGAGAGGGGAGAUUUGGUUGUAUAGAAAAGGCCUGGAUGUAAAUUGCUGCUGUUUUGUUUAGUAUUUUCUUUUUGCUCUGUAGAUGUUUUUUAUUUUGAUCGUUAUGUAUGAUGUUGGUAUCUAUAUCGCUGAGAAGGUGGGACCUGGCAGGCAGGGAGGCUGCUGUAAGGGAAUCCCCCACCCACAUGCUCGCAGAAAGAUGAACAGGAACACACUCGCACGUACUUGCACACACACUUACACUCGCACACUUGCACACAUACACACACACACACACACGCACACACACACACACACACACGCACACGCACUCACACACACACGUAAACACACAUGCACACACACACACACACACUCACAAAAACACUUGCACACACACACACACUCACACAAUCACUCGCACACACACACACACACACACACACACACACACACACACACACACACACACACACACACACACACACACACACACACUUGCACACACUCAAACUCGCAAACACACACACACACUCACACACACCCACACAAACACACCGAUUGGCAUGCAAAAGGUAAUAAAUGAAUGAAUGAUGGAAUAGACACAUGAUGAAUGAGUUAAAGUGAUCUAAAGAGAGUUGGCAGACAGUCAGACACUCCCCUAUGAUAAGAACAUUCACUGACCACCAGACCCUAAUAACAUCCCCAACCCCCACUACUAUACCAAGCCUUAGUCUCGUUCUGUUUAAACCUCUGUCUAUCCUCUGCCUUUUAAAUCCCUCUUUAUCCCGCAGGCACCAACUCCAUCAGUAAAAAUGAAUGUGGCCCAAGAGCGCAAAGCCUCCCAGUCAAUGAAUGAAUGCAUGCUGGCUUCACUCUGUCGAUGAUUGACAUAUAUUAGGCUUUGACAUAUUGUAUAUGAGUGGGAUGUGAAAGCACUGUGAAAACAUUGGCUGCCAUUGUGAUAGAGUUAAAGCCAGACACAGGCUCUUAUCUAGAGUGUUUUAGAAUACGUGUGUUUAUAUGAGGAGGCUAAAAACCAGACAGUUUGUGUCCCAAAUGGCACCCUAUUCUCUACAUAGUGCCCUACUUUUGACCAGCGCCAUUUGGGACACCGACACAGUUAAUGUCACUGGUGAAAAAGUGAAUAACGAGCUUUCCACAAAUGCAACCUUGCACAUUUGAAAGCAUCUGUUUUAGUGAUCAAAAGAGAGAGCCUACAUCACAGAUGAGUAGUUAUAAACCCUCUGUUCUGUCAUGUUGAAUUUAACGUUUCCUCUGUCUUUAUCUCCCCCCAAGGCAUCAGCAGCGUAGUCUGGUGCAGGUGGGACGGAUGUGCACAUCUUUAGUAUAUAGAUAGGUUUCAUUUACACGAAUAUAUGUGCCACAAUGGAGCCUCGGUUCCAUCAUAACUGUCUGGUGUUGAAGGUAAUGUCUCCUCCCGCUGUCUUUCCCCAGGGCAGCAGAUCAGUAUGGAGUCACCACCAUUCAGAAACCAGAGUACCUCUGACAUUAUGGAAUCACCCUCCUCUCUCUCCUGCUCACCCUAUCGCUACAUCGUUGGGCGUGACGAUGCCAAAGGACCAAUAGACGACACCCGGCCACACCUCACUAAGAAUGAUCCACAUUGGGAUCAGGUUCUACAUGUAUAAUGCUGGAACUAUGAACUAAUGGAGAACUUCAAUACCCAAUAGCUUCCAUGUAGUCCACACUACUUCAUAGAAACUGGAGGAGACAUCCGAGCCACAAUGGUACAACAACUAUCAUUUUAAGACCAGUUACUUCAAUGAAGAGACUGACGGUUGAUUGGAGCAGGAUGUCCUAGGAUGUCCUGUGACUGUUCUCCACUCAGCCACAUCAAGUCAUCUGCUCUGCCACGACUUUGAAUCAACCAACAGUCAGAGUCGUGAUACCGAGGGACUUGACAUGCUAAAGCCUCUUAUGUAAAAAAAAAGAAAAAACAAGGGCCUUGUCAGCUCAGUGCCCAUCGAGACCAACCAAUGACUUGACCAAUCACAGAGCCCCAUUUGCAAUAUGAAUAGCAGCAAAUGAUGCAUCCCCCAUGUUUCAUGUUAGAGGGAUUAGUGUCCAACUCAAGUAUUAUGGGAGAGCGAGGGUUACAUAUUCUCUCUGAUGUUUGCUCUGCUUUGCUUUGGUCCUCUCUGCAGGGUAACAUACGUUUCUUCUUGUUAACAGACCAAAAACAUUUUGGUCAUAUUCUGGAUUUGACGUAGGUGGUAGUGGGGACUAAUAAGGAGUGGACAUCAGUUAAGGGACUUAGUCUAGGGAGGGAGAUAUUUGUGGCACGCAAGAGGGAGGAUUUAAAAUCAAACUUGACUUGAGCCAACGUUCAAGUGAACUUGGAAACAAACAGGUUGAAACAGGGUGGAAUUUUCCCAAUAAGAAACAGUUGUUGUCUUUUUCUGUUGCAAAACAUUUCGCUACCGUGUACACUAAUGAAUAACACCCAGGUUUUGGGGAGAAGUCAGACAUGUUGCUAUCAAAACACAGUAUAUCCUUCAUUAAAUGUCAUAUUUAUGGUACAGUAUUAAGAUACUGCAAGAAUAUAUUGCACAUUAAAUAAAAGUAUCACAAAAGUAUCACCUUUGCCCAAGCCCCUGUAAAUUACAUUGUAUAA